GCGCCAGUAACCUGCGUUGUCUGCUCGUUACUUAUUUUCUUCGACCAGGUGUUGAUUUGAUAGAUUAAUUACAAUGGUAGGUACGGAUACUUUGACAUAACUCGGUAAAUUAGGGAGAAUCAGAUCUUUGACGGUUUUUGUCAUGUUUGCAUCACGUUCGCACCUCGUAAAUCCUAAUGGUCGUCACGUGAGAUUCGCGUAAAUUUAUUUUUGGCCGUUAUGCAGUCAGUUUAUGAAUUACGCUGCUAGGAGUGUCAGCACAUUUAUUUGUAACACAGGAUGAGUUGGCGUUGGUGAAACGCGGCCUGUCAGGUUUCGUGUAGCCGGGCUUAAUAUAGCAUCUUGUUUGCCUGCGAAGCAAAGAAGCUGCCAGGAUGCAAUGAUAGCAACUUGCUUUGGUUUGUUUAUUUACACCUAAUAUCCAUUUUUAGACCUGACGACGUCAUCCGUGUAUCAUAAUAAUUAUGAACGCGGGUAAUGGCCCCUACUAGUGCUGCAAAAGAAACUACAUUCAGUCUGGUUUUAGGUAUUUAUUAAUAUGUUGUACUUACCAAAUUAAUAGAUUUCGUUUUUGAAAAAAUAUUAUUAUGUGGUAAUCAGUUAUGACCAGAAGCCAUAAGCCGCUUCAUCAAGUAAUUUCAUUAGAUAUUCAAAAGCAAGUUGCAAGUUCUGUGAAAGUGCAGUUAGUAAGAUAAAAGUGGUAAUGUUGGUUAUUAGUUUUGAUUGCUUAUGGUCUUGGUUACCUGUUUUAAAAGAUGGGUAGCUGUACUGCGCUUUUCUGUGAUGUUACAUUACUUCAUGUCUUCCGUUGUUUUGGAUGGUGACAGUGAUUCGGUGUCAUUUGGCACUGCAUGCGUUGGUUUUGAGUCACUCACCGUUUGACUGAGGGCUGGUUAGGUGCUGUACAUGCAGCAGGGUUUUUAACUGCUUGUACAGUUGUUUUUCAAGUUUCUGACGGGGCAGUUCAUGCAUCGCCAGUUACCGUUAUGUUUGCCUUGGAUUCUGGCGGAAGCGGCGAUAUUGGCCAAGCCGCAGGCACAGGCGCAGCCAGCUGUGGCCAGAUGUGUACUGCCGUUGCUGGAUUAAGCGCAGGAGAACAGAAGAAAGAGAGAGAGAGGCCGAUAGAAAAAGAGUUAUCGGUGCAGGAAGUGUACUUAGUGACAAAUUCCGGGUUACGCAUAGCUUCUCAUCAAUCAUUCUGGCCAAAAAAGCCACCAUGCGUUAGCGUCAAUACCGAUAGAAGGCUCAUUACGAAGCUGAGAAGCAGCACGCGUCAGCACAGGCGUAAGACAUUUAAAGAUGGCUAAACGACAGAAGAUGGGUUUUAUUGGUUGUGAAGCGUGUUAGUGAGAGUGAGAAGAUCGGGCGCCUGCUUCUUUCCACCGUCAUGUCAUGCUUGAACUUGUGAUAGUCGUGCAUUCCACUUGAUCCAAUUUCCAUAGCGAAAUAUACACCCUUGUGGCCAGUGGAUUUGUUUAAAAAAUGAGCCGUGUGUGCCUUAUUAAAUUUCUCGAAGGAGCGAUUUAUCUGCAACUACUGUUGGUCACUCUGGUGUCGUGCCAGCCGGAAGACGGAGAAGUGCGGUUGGUGGGAGGCACGACUGAGUUUGAGGGCAACGUGCAGGUGUAUCACGACCGGCGGUGGGGCUAUGUGUGCGACGACGGAUGGGAUUUGCGUGACGCUACCGUCCUUUGUCGGCAACUGGGCUUUCCACGCUCGGACUUUGCCACAACCGCCUCCCGCUUCGGUCUAACACACGGGCACAUCUGGCUGAGCAAUGUACAAUGCUGGGGCUACGAGCGCAAUCUGACAAGCUGCCGUUCGGAUGGGUGGGGCAGCGGAGAGGAAUGCGACACUUCGGAGGCGGCCGGUGUCAUUUGCAAGGCCAGACUGAUCAGUAACGGGACGCAGCCGAGGGCCAGACCUAAUCGGGCCUACAUCACGCAUUCCGCUCCGAGACGCUCGCCGCCGCGAACGGGCGGGCACACUACGACAACUGCUAUCGAAACUACUACAAGAACAACACCACGCCCACCAACAACAAAGACUACAGUGCGUCCGACACCGAUGCUGAUCGCCGAUGAAAACCCCAUUCCGCUGGCCAAUGACAUUUUUCUCCUCUCCGAUCGGCGACGCUUUCAGCUGCGCUUGGCCGGUGGGAGGAAUAAUCGCGAGGGAAGGGUGGAAGUGCGUUGGGAUGGCGCCGGCGAGUGGGGCGUCAUUUGUGGGAACGGCUGGUCACUGAAAGAGACAGAUGUGGUGUGCCGACAAUUGGGGUUGGGAGUGGGUUCACGGGCCAUUCAGAACGUAUUGUUCACGGGGCCGCAGCGGGCGGUAGUGUUGAGUGGAGUGGCCUGUAACGGCCACGAGAAGAACCUGGUGGAAUGCCUUCACAAGGACCCGCAAGCAGGGCAAGCGGAGUGUCGCGGCCGAGAAAGCAUCGCCGGCGUUAUGUGCAGCACUGAGCUGCCGGACCUGGUACCGGACAUGGAUUUUCUGAUGAGCUCGGUGUACCUGCAAGACCAGCCUAUGUUUUACUUGACUUGCGCUAUGGAGGAGAACUGCUUGUCUUCCUCGGCGUACCAGCUGGACCAGAAGGCCCGUAACUUCCCCUGGAUUACGCGCCGCCUGCUGCGCUUCACGCUGGCCACGAAGAACGUGGGCAAGGCCGACUUUGUCUCCUUCAUUCCCAAGCACCUUUGGCAGUGGCAUGCCUGCCACAAGCACUACCAUUCGAUGGAGGUCUUUGCUCACUUCGACAUCCUGGACGAGCAGGGAAGACGCGUGGCCGAGGGACACAAGGCCAGCUUCUGCCUGGAGGACAACGCUUGUGACCAGGCCUGGCAGAAGAAGUACAACUGUGCCAACUUCGGCGAUCAGGGCAUUUCCGUCGGAUGCUUUGACAUCUACAAACACGACGUGGACUGCCAGUGGAUCGAUCUGACAGACGUAAAGGCGGGCGUGUACACGUUCAAGGCGUCGGUCAAUCCCGACACCAAAGUGGCGGAGAUGAGCUACGACAACAACGUGGUGCUAUGUCGGCUGUAUUACUAUGACACCACCGCCUACUUCGACGACUGCCGGCUGGCCGGUCACUCGAACAGUGUCGUGGGAAUCGGGUGAAGGCGCUGAACAGGCAGCGCAGUGAAACGAAGUGAACGGAUGGAUGAAAAUGAAUGCCGUUCAGUGCAGUGCCGCUCAGGGCCAAACGGCCCGAUCUCUGUUUGUAUGUGUGCCAUUCGUGUGGUUCCCUUCUUCGUGGAUUGUUCUUUUCCCGCUGGACGAAGUGGAAAGCCGGACAGACGCAGAACUGUUUAUAAUCCCACUUCCAGUUGACUGAAGUUUCUCCUUCCUGUGCUACAGGUGUCAUGCGCAUUCACUGGCCAAACUGCUUAUGUGUUCAGAUCCAAACUUUCACCAAGGUGACGGCGCUGUAUGGUUUAUUUUGACGAAAAUUCGGCUUGUCGAAAGUUGCAACGAUAUUCAGUACACCAGAGCCUUGACUGGGUUUCUAGUCUUCAUGCCGACUGCAACCGGCUAACUGUCAGCUGCAGCCAUAGGUUUAUGGUGUUCUCGUGAGUCAUUAUUGGUGGUCAGAGGCUCAGAGCCAAAUCUCGGUGAUGUGGUUAAAUCUUGGUGGUGUAUUUAAAACUUAAAAACAUUGUAGAUGGCGGUGCAUGAUUGUUGCAUCGACUAGGGUGAUAGCGUGGUGCUAGACGAGCAGUGAAUUUUGUUGAUGAUCGAAGAACGGUUGUAAAUGCACGCUUGGGAUUAAAAUGACGUGCGCGUG